AUGAUUGAACGGGCGUGGGAUCUGGGAAUCAAUAGCAAUGGCAGGGCCGAGACUGGCGGGAUAAGAGGCACUAGGAAGUAUAUCGGGACAUCUGAGGCUCAAGCUCUAUUUUUCAGUCUAGGAAUCAACUGUGAGCCAGCGGCCUUCAGUCCUACCGAGGAGCGAUCAGCAGAAGAGAUAUUCAUGGAAGCGGUGGGAGAUUAUUUUCUUCAGGCGCAUAACUUAUCGACCGAUGAAAAGGUUCUUAAAACUGAUCUACCGCCUAUCUACUUCCAACAUCCAGGUCACUCCCUUACAAUCGUGGGAUUUGAGCUCCGGAAAGAUGGCUCGACGAACCUUCUUGUGUUUGACCCAAUGUUCAAAACGUCUCCAGCCAUACAACGAUUGAUUGGCACAAGGGUCAGCUGCCCAAACCCGGAGCGAAUUUUGAGAGCACAUCGAAGAGGCACACACUAUCUGCGACGGUAUAAAGAGUUUGAAAUUCUGAAGCUUUUACCACCGUGUCAUACUCCUGAAUCAAUGGCAAACGGGUAG